AUUUUCCCCUGAGCGGAAGGAGGAAGCGCAGAGGGAAAACAUUAAAACUCUUCAAGUGAAAAUCCUCCUGAAAAACAUAAUUUCUGUUAUGGAAGUCCCCGGACCGGACAGCGACUGGAGGAGCCCUCAGUUCCGACAGAAAGUCGUCGCUCAGAUUGAAGAGGCGAUGAGAAAGGCAGGAACUGCACACUCCAAGUCGAGCAAUGACAUGGAGAACCACGUCUACGUCAAAGCCAAGUCCAGAGAGGAGUAUUUAUCUCUGGUGGCGAGGCUGAUCAUACACUUCAGAGACAUCCACAAGAAGGCACUUGGAGAUCCCAUGAAUGCCCUGACUAACCUGACAGGGGUUGGAGGGGGCCCCGGCGGCAUUGGCAUGGGGCCCCGCCCCACCGGUGCUCCAGUGGGUGGCAUGGGGGCCAUGGGGCAGAUGCAGAUAGGCCAGCAUGCCAUGGCGGGGGUGGCUGGAAACCCACAAGCCAUAGGGGGUCCAGGCCAGAUGCCGAUGCAGCAGAUGGUGCAGGCGCAGCAGCAGCAGCAGUCCAUCCAGUUCCAGCAGUUCCAGCAGGCCCAGCAGCAGCAGCAGCAGCAACAGCAGCAGAAUGCCAUGCAGCAGCAGCAGCAGCAGCAGCAGCAGCAGUUCCAAGUGCAGCAGCAACUGAGGGUGCAGCAGCUGCAGGCGCAGGCGCAGCAGCAGCAGCUGCAGCAGCAGCAGCACCACCAGAACCAGCAGCUUCAGCAGCAGCACCAAAACCAGCAGCAGCAGCAGCAGCAGGCCCAGAACCAGCAGCAGCAGAACCAGAUGCACCAGACAAGGAUUCAGCAGCAGCAGCAGCAGAUGCUGCAACUCCAGCAUGCCCAGGCUCAGGCUCAGGCUCAGGCCCAGGCCCAGGCCCAGGCGCAGGCCCAAGCUCAGGCUCAAGCUCAGGCCCAAGCUCAGGCUCAAGCUCAGGCCCAGGCCCAGGCUCAGGCCCAGGCUCAGUCCAUCCAGCACAUGGUUCAGCAGCAGCAGCAGGUUCAGGGCCAAUCUCAGCCUCAGCCGGGGCAGAUGCCUCCACACUCUCAGCAGCAGCCGUCCGGCAUGGUGCCUCAGUCCCUGGCCGGGCAGAUGGCGUCGGCUCAGCACGUUUCCAUCAACUCGCUCAGUCAGCAGCAGCAGCAGCAGCAGCACCACCAGCUCAAGAUACAAGCCUUCCAGCAGGCCCGUGCAGCCUUGCAGCAGCAGCAGCAACAGCAGCAGGCGCAGCAGGCAGCGCAGCAAGCCGCAGCACAGGCGCAGCUCAACGCAGCUGCUGCAGCCGCCGGCGCUGUUCCCGGACAGUUGGUUCGUCCUGGGAUGCAGCUUCCACCCCGGCUGCCUCGAGCCCCCAUGAACCCCUCCAUCCCUCCUCCAAACGCUGCCGCUGCGGCCGCCGCCGCAGCCGCCGCCGCCGCCGCCGCUGCGGUGGGAGGACAGACGAUGACACAGCAGCAGGUGCAGCAGCAUUCGAUGAUGUCAUCGCCGUCCCCGGGGCAGGUGCAGACGCCGCAGCCGAUGCCCCCCCCUCCCCAGCCGUCACCCCAGCCCCCCAACUCGGCCAGCUCCGGUCCCACUCCGUCUCCGGGGGGUUUCCAGCCCAGCCCGUCCCCGCAGCCCUCACAGAGCCCCGCCAUCGCCCGAACCCCCCAGAACUAUGGAGUCCCGUCUCCUGGACCGCUCAACACGCCAGGUAACCCCAGCUCAGUGAUGAGUCCGGCUGGAGCCACGUCUCUGGAGGACCAGCAGUACAUGGAGAAACUCAAGCAGCUGUCCAAAUACAUCGAACCUCUGCGCAGGAUGAUCAACAAGAUCGACAAGAACGAAGACAGGAAGAAGGACCUGAGUAAGAUGAAGAGUCUGCUGAACAUCCUGACUGAUCCAAACACCAGGUGUCCUCUGAAGACGCUGCAGAAGUGUGAAAUCGCUUUAGAGAAGCUGAAGAACGACAUGGCCGUGCCGACCCCUCCUCCCCCUCCGCCCACCAAACAGCAGUAUCUGUGUCAGCCGCUGCUGGACGCCGUCAUGGCCAACAUCCGCUCCCCGGUCUUCAACCACUCUCUGUACCGAACCUUCGCCCCCGCCAUGACCGCCAUCCACGGACCCCCCAUCACGGGUCCCAACGUCUCCGGGAGGAAGAGGAAGCACGAGGAGGACGAGCGGCAGACCAUCCCCAACAUCCUGCAGGGGGAGGUGGCUCGCCUCGACGUCAAGUUCCUCGUCAACCUGGAUCCUUCGUUCUGCAGCAAUAACGGCACCGUGCACCUCGUCUGCAAGCUGGAUGAUAAGAACCUUCCCAGCGUUCCUCCCCUGCAGCUCAGCGUUCCUGCCGAUUAUCCGGAUCAGAGUCCUUACUUGGCCGACGACGGGGAGCAGUACGGUGCGAACAGCUUCCUGCAGACGGUCCACAGAAACAUGACGUCCAAACUGCUGCAGCUGCCGGACAAACACUCGGUGACGGAGCUGCUCAACACCUGGGCCCAGAGCGUCCGCCAGGCCUGCCUGUCUGCCGCCUGAAGCCCCGCCCGCCCGACAUCACCCUCAGAACCGCCACGCUGACGCAUCUCCACGGACACUACGGCCUCAUCUCACCUGGCAGGUUCCUGCUGCGCCUGGAUCUGCUUUCAUCCAGGCCUUUUGGAUUUGUUCCCCACGCUCAUCUUAGUCCCCGAACGCUCCAUGACUGUCAGGUGAUCGGGCCGCUAUCGUGCGGUCUGACCCCGACGUUGUUCCUGAUGAAUUCUGGGUAAAGUAAGACGGCAGGUGGAGCUGUACGACUGCCUCUGUACAUGAUAUUUACUCUCGUGUGUCGGUUUGAGGAACACAAAAGGGAACCAACUGGCUGUCAUUUAUCCUGAUCUAUAUUCUGCUCCCUGAAUGCAACACCUGGUUCUGUUUAAGUCGGAGUGCGUUUGUUUUGUGCCCCGGGAGAGCGCUGUCGUAAAGAGAAACGCUGAACGAGGUUUGUACACUUUGCUUUCAAAGUGAAAAUAUAACUGUAUUUUUUUGCUAUCAUAAAUAAAAUCUUUUUAGUUCUAAACGCCA